GAUGCCAUGGAGCAGUGCCACAGCUACAACGCCCGGCUCUGCGCCGAGCGCAGCGUCCGCCUGCCCUUCCUCGACUCCCAGACCGGCGUCGCCCAGAGCAACUGCUACAUCUGGAUGGAGAAACGGCACCGCGGGCCCGGCCUGGCCGCGGGACAGCUCUACUCGUACCCGGCGCGGCGCUGGAGGAAGAAACGCCGCGCCCACCCCCCCGAGGAUCCACGGCUGGCAUUCCCUUCCAUCAAACCCGACACGGAUCAGAGCCUGAAGAAGGAAGGGCUCCUGUCCCAGGACGGGAGCAGCCUGGAGGCUCUGCUGAGGACGGACCCUCUGGAAAAACGUUCCCUGCCGGAUCCCAGGAUGGACGACGACAGCCUGGGCGAGUUCCCCGUCACCAACAGCCGCGCCAGGAAG